AUCAGACUAGCCAACUUCGAUCACGUUAGUUGUUUCCCAUCUAUCGUUCUGCCGAUUCAGGAACUAGCAAAAAUGUGCAAAAAAGAAUUCGGCGUGGAUUUCGUCAUGAUAGACGGGGCACAUGCACCUGGGAUGGUGGACUUAGACUUAGGAAGGUUGUUGAAGAUCAGUGACGAGGACGUCAGUACAACUGGUGUUGUAGCAACAACUGAAACUACUACAUUUAAGGCUCAGCUUUCAAUGGUCAUGGGGGUUGGUCACUGAGAUCGAAGAGGCGACCCCUUGAGAGAACAGGGGAAAACGAAGGGAAAGGGGAGAGCUUUGAAGGGGGUCCCUUCCGUUCAGAGUCAGUGACCAUCGAAGGCUGAGCUUUAAUACAUCUACAACAACAUCAACACCUACAAUAACAGACACAAUACGAUACUCACCUUCAACAUCUGACAUCGAUUUCUACUUCUGCAACGCACACAAGUGGCUCUCUACGCCUAGAUCAUGUGCCUUGCUCUGCGUGUCUCCUACUAUGCUGUCGCAGGAACUACAGCUUCAGGAUCCUAUUGCAGCUGACGCAAUUCCUGUCUUUGACAAAGAACAUUUUCCACUACAGCGCGAAUUUUCAUGGCGCGGCACUUGUGAUCCUACACCCUUUGCGGCUUUAUCAGCUGCAGUACACUGGAGACGUCAAGUAUUGAAUCGUUCUGAACACGAAAUCAGACUGUAUCAACACAACUUGGCAAUAGAGGGGUUGAAGAUUCUGAAGAAGGCAUGGAAAACGGAGACGAUACCGAGGAUUGAGGAUACCAGGAUACUAGAUGAAGAACAAAUUGGCUGUUUGUUCAAUGUGCGCUUACCCUGGUCGAGGAAGAAGUUCUUUAGUGCUACUACUACCACUCCUUCAAAGGAGAACAACAACCAAAACGUAAGCGACCAUCAAGAAGAGGACAACAUGGUCGACCCUCGUGAUUACAAUUUAGGCCGUCGAUUGCGCGAUGACUAUGGGACAUGGGUGCCAUAUGCGGCUCUCAAUGAUGGGAAAGAGGAUCAGUGGUGGGUGCGCGUGUCAGCCGCGAUGUACAAUGACGUAUCAGAUUUUGAGUUUCUCGCAAAGGCGGUGUUGGAAAUCUUGGAACUGGCACCUGCGCCUGGGGAUGAGGGGAAAUAGAACUGCAUAUUCCUGCUCAAACAAGAACAGGCGAUGCAUAAACGAACGCCUGCUCUUUUCUCUGUGACAAUAUUAAACUUCAGCUUGUUCUUCAAAAUACUUCCCUGAGACGAGCAGGCACGCAGGGAAGUGUGGUUCAAGAACCUUUAAACACCUCCCACCAUCGACGGGGAGGAGGAGAUCAUCUGUAACAUUCAAUGAUCACGCUUCAACUGGGUACCGUAGCCCUGAGCCCUGGAACAUAUACGAAAAAUUUUAAUUUUCCCGUCUAAUUUUCUGUCCCAUGCGUAAAACGAGAACCGCAUCUGCAGGACAAACAGCGACUCAUACUCACUUAUACUUGUACUUAGACGAGAUAUUAACAUAAGUACUCCUCAGCAUUUCUCUGCAUGUGCCCUUGACGGUUGCUACAACAACUUGUUUUAUGGAUAACAACAUCGACAUAAAGACAGGAGACCCAACUUCUUCUGUCUUACAACUACAGAUGAAGACGGACCGACACGAAUACAUGUCCACCUGAUGGAGCGGUCUUCUUGGCCAUCUCCACAACUCUCGGUAAGGGUAUAACUGCUCAGUUUUUCACUGAAGAAAUGAAAGUAGAACUCUGUAGGCUCUUCUGGCGACACGUCAGCAAAGAAC